AUGGACAUGUCCCAGGAGUUCUCCCCGGAUAUGCUGUCGUUCAACGGCCAGCCCUACAUCGACUACAGCGCCUUUCUCCAGGCCGACGAAAUCAACUUUGGCGACAAUGCCCAGGAACAGACCAACACGGGGCUGUCAGACUCGUCCGGCAAGGCCACACCACCGAGCUCUGAUGCCCAGAGCGCAUCCAACGCCAGCACCGAGAUAGCGAGGCGGCAGCCGGCUCAGAAGCAGAGGCUGGAGCGGAGAGGACACACCAAGAGUCGUCGGGGAUGCUACAACUGCAAGAGAAGGCGUAUCAAGUGCCAGGAGACGCGCCCUGCGUGUGGCCAUUGCAUCAAGACUGGCCUCAAGUGCGAGUACCCUGCUAUGCCACAGAUCACACACCAACCGCAUCACCAAAUUCCGCUCUUCAGCUUACAGGACAUGCGCUUCUUCCAGCACUUCCUAACACAAUGCUACCCGCACCACCCCCUGAAGCAGGAGGAGAUCUGGACGCACGAGAUACCAUGCAUUGCACACAACCACGAGUUUCUUAUGCAUGCCAUCCUGGGAUUCUCAGCGUCCCAGCUCAUCAAGACUGACGCCAGCAUCGUCACAGCCGCCAUGAGCCACCGCGUCAAGGCGAUCAGGGCCAUAAAGAAGCGCCUCUCAGAAACAUCCAGAGCGCCUAUUGAGUCCGAAGAGGCGAAUGCCAUGAUAGCGACCUGCUUCGCUCUGACGUUCCAAUCCGUCAGCCUCGAGGAUGGACUUGCCGAGUUUUUGACGUUUAUCCGAGGCAUCAUGGUCGUGGGAAUACAGAUGAUGUUCCGAGGAAUCAAGCCUCUGUUCCAAAAUAUGCCGGAGCAAGAGCAGGACGCACUCCUAGAGCCACUCAUGGAGGGCCUGCCGCUGAUCCAGAAGGGCUACGUCGAUUCCGCCAUGGAGGCGGUCGUGAAUCUGAAGCCGCUGUGCAAAGAGCAGGUGGAGAUAGAAUACCACCAGCACCUGGUUAACAUUCUUGAGCAGCUCUAUCUCAACUCGUGGGAUGCCUAUAAAGCAUACACGAGACAGUACGGCUGGUGGAUGAUGCUCCCCCACGACACGUUCGAAGCCCUCAUCAACCCAGAUAACCAGGUCAUCAUGCUGCUCCAUUCGCACUGGAUCGGAAUCAACGAGAUCAUGACCCCUAUAACGGGGCAGGAGAGGCAGGUGGCGGUCAAGUACUCGGAACGCGACACGGAGCCCGACACUGACCCAGGCUUUGCGCGCUGGCUCAAGUAUAUCAACGCCCACAUCGACUAUGAGCACCAGAUCUACAAUCAGUGGCCCAUGUGGAUUGAGGAGCAGCUGGAUCGCGACAUCACCUGCCUUGGUAGGAUUCCGUGA